UCCCGUGAACCUCAAUUAAAGGAGAGUAAAGACUAUAGUCCAGAGAGUCUCUUGUCAGUUGGCGUAGUGAUCUCGACCAAGAAGUUUGUGAAGAAGCAGAGUUGAUGAUUGAGAAAAAAUGGGAUACGAGCGCAAAUUCGUGUUGGUGAUGGUAAUUCUCAGCCUGGUUGAAAAACAAGCCUCAGCCACGAAACAUGAUGUUGGGGGAAGCCAAGGGUGGGAUGAAUCCACGGACUUCAGCUCCUGGGCAUCGGGUCAGACAUUUAAGGUCGGGGAUCAACUAGUAUUCAAGUACACUCCGGGGCUGCACAGCGUGGUGGAGCUUGGCAGCGAAAGUGCGUAUAAGAGCUGUGACAUAAGCACGGCAUUGGACUCCAAGAAUGGGGGUAAUGACGUGGUUAAGCUAGACAAAGCUGGUACCCGCUACUUCGCUUGUGGAACAGCAGGGCAUUGCGGCCAGGGGAUGAAGGUCAAGAUUACCACCGUCGCUGCUGCGACUGGAACUGCAUCCCCUAAUACACCGUCAUCCACGUCGUCCUCCACCGCUUCAACUUCUCCGCCUUCCUCUGCCCUACUUCAACAUCUCCUACCCUUCAUUUUGGCUUCUUCUUUGUUAGGAUUCCAUCUGCUUUUGUGCAUGUAAACUUCGUACGUCAUUAAUCAAACCGAUACGAAAGCACCCACAAAUUGCCAACUCCACCUACCUGGCAGGACUACUCUACUCGCUUAAUUUGUCAUUUGUCCAUUCCAACCCCGAGCUCUUUUCUUUUUUGGAAGGAGAUUUUAUAUCUCAGCGAGCUUACUUAUUGUUUUAGUGAUUUCUUGGAGGCCAUAUUAUGACUAUAUAUGAAGUACUCGACAUCUGUUUCUGAUUUCGUCAUGAUUGGUUUCCGGGAUUUUUCUUUUCUUCUUUUUUGUUUUUGUUUCUAGUGAUUGUCAAGAUUAAAUGCUAAAACUGUUGCCCAA